AGUCCAUUAGGGGGCGCCCGGGAGCCCCGCGCAUGCGCACUGAGGGCCCGCUGACCCACUGGGUGCAAUAAAGGCUGCGGCCGGGUUCGUGUGGCUCGGUUCGGGCAGCAUAGGCCUUGCUCAGUGGGAGUGCGGAGGAGGGCACCGUCUUCAGGAUGGAGGCUGUACAGGAGGGGGCGGCCGGGGUGGAGAGUGAGCAGGUGGCUUUGGGGGAGGAGGCGGUGCUGGUGUUGGAUGACAUAAUGGCGGAGGUGGAGGUGGUGGCCCAGGAGGAGGGCCUCGUGGAGCCGCAGGAGGAGGCCCAGCGGGCACAGCCUGGCCCUGGGCCCAUGACCCCAGAGUCUGCACUGGAGGAGCUGCUGGCCGUUCAGGUGGAGCUGGGGCCGGUUAAUGCCCAAGCCAGGAAGGCCUUUUCUCGGCAGAGGGAAAAGAUGGAGCGGAGGCGCAAGGCCCACCUAGACUGCAGAGGCGCGGUCAUCCAGAGCGUCCCUGGCUUCUGGGCCAAUGUUAUUGCAAACCACCCCCAGAUGUCAGCCCUGAUCACUGACCAAGAUGAAGACAUGCUGAGCUACAUGAUCAACUUAGAGGUGGAAGAAGUGAAGCAUCCCGUUCAUCUCUGCAGGAUCAUGUUGUUCUUUCGGAGUAACCCCUACUUCCAGAAUAAAGUGAUUACCAAGGAAUAUCUGGUGAACAUCACAGCAACCAUAUGUGAGAUAAUGGUGCACAUUACUGCAGAAAUCACAUAUACAGGUCCAAAGGGAGACGAAGAAAAAGAAAGCAAGUUUUAAAGUCUGUACAUUCCUAACUCUGUAUCAGAAACUCACAAAUAACAGUGAAAUCAAAGAAUGAUCACAGCCAAUUCCUUUUCAUACCUAGACUGAAAUAAGAAUCUUCAAAAGAAAAGAAAGUUCAGAAUUUGGGUUUGCAAAAAGUUUCCUAUAUAGACAAAAUUAUUGGUAACUUUCUCUGACUAGAAAACAAACAAAAAUCCACGUUUUUCAUAUGUGUAAAUAUACACAUUUUUAUUUCCAUCAGUGAUGAUACGCAAGUAAGUAAUAAAGUGAAAGUACAAUAAAUUGAUAUAUGGAAUGUUCACAGUCUCCAAAUAUUCCAUUGAGACUAUUAAUUUUAUGUAAACCAUAAAGAAUGCUUCAUGAAACU